UUCUUUCCUCUCUCUCUCUCUAAAUCCAAGGCCAAGAAAUUCGGGAGCUCGAGAAAAUGGCGAUACUUCAAGCAAAUCUCACAUUCAAUCCUCUUCGUCCGUAUAUUCCUGCUUUGUCAACCACUUAUCGUCCAACUUCUACGAACUACAAUGUAUCAAUUUCCAAUUACUCGAACUCGAAUGCCUUCGACACAAAAUUGCUCAAGUUUGCUACCGGAUUUGACGAUCGGAUUGGUUUCAGUAGCAAGACGAAGUCAAUUAUUAGUUGCUCUGUGAAAUCUGGAGAAGCAGAUGAUGAGAGUUCAGAGAUUGUGAAGCAUAAGAGUGUUUCCGUCAUACUCCUUGCUGGUGGAAAAGGCAAAAGGAUGGGCGCAAACAUGCCAAAGCAGUAUCUUCCAUUACUAGGUCAACCAAUAGCUUUGUACAGUUUCCAUACAUUCUCCAACACGGAAGAAGUGAAGGAGAUAAUUGUGGUAUGUGAUCCAUCUUACAGAGACAUCUUUGAAGAUGCCAAAGGAAAUGUCGAUGUAGACCUGAAAUUCGCAUUACCUGGAAAGGAGAGACAGGAUUCUGUUUACAGUGGACUUCAGGAGGCGGAUUUGAAAUCAGAACUAGUGUGUGUUCAUGAUUCAGCAAGACCUUUGCUACUAUCCAAAGAUGUUAAAAAGGUUCUUCAGGAUGGUUGGUUAAAUGGAGCAGCUGUCCUGGGAGUUCCUGUCAAAGCUACAAUCAAAGAGGCUGACAACAAGUCUUAUGUUGUGAAAACUCUGGAUAGGAAGACUCUUUGGGAAAUGCAGACACCACAGGUGAUCAAACCCGAGUUGCUUAAGAAGGGUUUUGAGCUCGUAAAUAGAGAAGGUCUUGAAGUAACAGAUGAUGUUUCCAUUGUGGAGCACCUUAAACAUCCCGUGUAUAUCACUGAAGGAUCUUACACUAACAUCAAGGUCACUACACCUGAUGAUCUAUUACUUGCAGAAAGGAUAUUGAACACUACUGCCCCACAAUAGUGAUUAUUGCAUAAGGUAUAAUGAUAAUUAUUGAUUUCACAAAAUGGGUAAUGGUAAUUAUUGUUUAGAGCCUUCUUAGAUGAUUAGAUUUAGGGUUGAGAAAUGAUUGAUGAAUAAUGUAUUUAGGACCUUAUGCCUAAUAUGAUGAAGUUUUUCUUUA